CGUCUACAUUUGUCUUCUGCCAAGUUGGCGUUCAGCUCCAGGAAAAUUCUUAGAUAACAAAUUCCCGUGUUCGUGUUGCAUCAUAUCCUUUCUGAUUAUAUUAGUUUCUUUUAAUGUCUACAAGUCCUUUUUCCUUCGUGUCAAACAUCGCCUAGCAAGGAAAUAAACGUCGAACAUUGAAUUGAAUUGUCACGUUACCGCCCGUGAAAUUGUGCUGCUAGUCAAAACAAAUAAGUGCCUCAAGAUGAUUUGUGUCUAAGCUUGAGCUGAAAGUUUAUUCAAAAUGGAAAACAAAAUUCCAUUUUCAUUGUAUGUUGUGUUGACUUGUCUUGUGUGUGGGAUAAGUGCCUUUCCCGAGAAAGGUAAAUGGACAUUUGACAUCAACCAAGACAUCCAAUAUGUAGGUGUUUCCAAAAGCAUGUUUGCUGGCACCAACAUCACUUUUAAAAUUCAAAAUUGCAGAUCAGAGACUUCAACUAGUUUAAGCAUCUCAUGGAAGCUGAGGCACUCACCUUGUUGGCAAGAGUAUCUGGGAUUGGAGAAUAUUGAAACUGGCUCUGGCUUGUUACAUGGAUACUACAUGAACCCUCACACAAUUCCUGAAUGGUUAAAUUAUAGUGCUGUGGAAUAUGUAGCAUCACAAGAAUCCAUAGCACCAUGUGAUGGGUCCACUAUUACUAUGCCAGCAGUAUUCCAGUCAAUGGAGAAAAAGCAUACAAAACGUUCAACUUCUUCGGAUGACCCCCAAUAUGUCGUUCCCAAAGAGGGAGUUUAUCUCUUUGUCAUAACUAUUAGACCAAAGUCACAACCAGGAGGGAAUCACACUUACAAAGCUCAAAUUUUGAUUGACAUGAAGAGCGAUGUGGGGUAUUUGUCGGUGAUUGAUUGGCCGUUAUUACCGUUUUAUGGAACCAUGUGUGGAUUGUACACCAUCAUGGGAAUCUUGUGGUUAAUAAUAUCUUUAUGCCGGUUGAAAGAUAUUUUAAGAAUUCAAAUGUGGAUUGGCGCCGUCCUUUUCCUUGGAAUGCUGGAAAUGGCCGUUUAUUUAGCUGAAUACGAAAGUUUGAAUAAAACAGGCGAAUUGACAGCUGCGGCACAUUACUCCGCCGAGCUCCUAUCGUGUGCUAAACGAAGCUUGGCCAGGAUCCUUGUUUUGAUCGCUUCAAUGGGAUUUGGAAUUGUCAAACCUCGCUUAGGCGCGAUGUUACAAAGAAUUGUUGGCGUGGGCGUUGUCUACAUGAUAUUGUCAGCAGUCGAGACAUACUUGAUAUUGGUACAGCCAAAGAACGACGGAUCUCGUAACAUUUAUGCAGCAUCCUUCCUGCUGGCAUUAUUAGACGCUGCCAUAUGUUUCUGGAUCUUUUUAUCGCUUGUUCAAACUACCCGUACCCUUAGACUUCGAAGGAAUACUGUCAAAUUGUCCCUCUAUAACCACUUUACAAACACACUCAUUUUCGCUGUGGUUUCCUCGUUGAUAUUUAUGCUGUGGUCCAUAUAUUACCAUCGAAUGGAUACUUGUCUAAAAGACUGGAAGGAAUUGUGGUUGGAUGAAGCUUUCUGGAAGCUGCUAUUUUCACUUCUCCUUUUAGUGAUCAUGAUUCUCUGGCGCCCAACCAAUAACAAUCAGCGUUACGCUUUCACACCUUUACUAGACUCUGGUGAUGAGACGGAAGAAGAUGACGUAAUGGUUAACGAAAAUCUAGGGAUGAAAAUGCGUGUCAACCGGGCUAACAAUGUCAAUACACCAUCCCCUCGUGCAAGUCGAGAGGGACAGGGCUCCAUUGAGGACGACUUGAAGUGGGUUGAGGAAAACAUCCCUUCGUCUAUGGUGGAAUCUGGUCUCCCGUUGUUGGAUUCAGAAGAGGAGAUCAUGACAACACGGUUUGAAUUAUCAAAAAUGCAGUGAUGAAGCUUUUGGGAUUUUGAGCACCCUGUCGCAGCGAAUUUUCAAAAUUUCGUGUAAUUUUCAAAAUAUAAUUAAGUAUUUCCUAACAAACCUUGAUCGUAAAGUAUGCGAUUUUGGCUAAUAUUGAAUGAACAAUAUGGAAAGAAAACGUAGUUGCUUCAGAUUAUGAUCAACACCGUUUCCAAUUAAUACAUAACAUUUCAUUUCAUCA